GUCAUAAUCCGUCUAUGGAGAACAGGACAUGCUUGAGGAUAUGAUCCAGACAGGCAGUACACCCCCCCUCGCCCCCAUCCACGGGCCGGCCCCCCUGAGCAUCAUGGUUUUCCCCAACAGGCUGUUUGUGGGGCGCGUCGACUGCCGGACCACAGAGGAAGACAUCUGGCGGUUCUUCUCCCGCCAUGGAGCGGUGAAGGAAGUCAACAUCGUCUUCAACCACAUGGGCCUGUCCAAGGGCUACGGCUUCGUGACCUUUGACUCCCAGGUGGACGCCCGGAGGCUGCUGGAGAUGGCUCCCAGUCUCCUCUUCCAGGGUCGUCAUCUGCUCGUGGCCCCGGCCGUUCGCAGACUUUCCCGCCGGCAGAGAAGUGGAUGCGAGGCAGACCGCGCCCAAUGCGUCCUUCACCUGACCACUCCCAGCGGACACCCCUACACCUUCUGCAACGGGGUGGCCUACUUCAGACGGCCGGAACCGGCCCCCCCGGCACACUACGGUCCCCUCGUCGUGGCCCCCCACGGACACUACGGUCCCACUGUGGCCCCCCCGGCACACUACGGUCCCACUGCGGCCCCCCACGGACACUACGGUCCCCCCUAUCAGUUUAUGGAGCAGCUGGUCCAACCGGCCUUCUGCCAGAUCUAUCCCCAGAGCCCUGUCGGAGUGUGUGCCCACCAUGAGUACAGAGAAGAAGAGUAGGCUACAUACUACACUACUACUGAUACUACUACCAUCAUAUCCAGUGUUGUAUAGUAGCGAAGUAGAAAUACUUCGUUACUGUACUUAAGUAGUUUUUUUGGAUAUUUGUACUUUACUUUACUACUUAUAUUUCUCUGUACUUUUACUUUUACUUCGCUACAUUUUGCGAAGAAAACUGAUACUUUUACUCCGCUACAUUUCCCUUGAAACCUUCGUUACUCGUUACAAAAUCAACUCAGCUUUAGAAAAAAAAAAAAGAAUCAUGAGAGAUAUGAGAAUAACGUCGGGGACUGUGGUAGAACACAGACUGCGAGCCUGUUUGGCGAAUCAGCUGUCCCAGCGCACGUUCGCAAAGCCCCCUUGCUUAGUUACUGUUGCUACGUCGAUCAAAACUCCUACGACUGUCAACACACAAAUGCAUG